AUGGCUACCUCGCACGACGCAGACGGGUCGGAAGACGUUAACGACUUUCUAGUUCGCAUCCGAGAGCUGGGGAACAAGCGGGACAAGGAAGACGAAGAGCGCACGCGAAAAUUGGAGGAGGAGAUCCUGCAGGGCCGCCGAGAGAGACAGGCCAGGAGAGCUGAGCGCGCCCGAUCAAUUUCUCCCACCAAGGACUCGCCCCUCCAGCAACAACUUGACGAGCUGAUACAGAGGGACUCCGGGCCAUCAACACCACUUUCUCACUCAAUACAGCCUCCUGUCGACCUGCUACCGUCGUCUUCGGCCUCAAGGGACAAUAGUGGCCCACCGAGACGUGAUUCCGAGGCGCACCAGUCAGAAACACCACCCAAGCAGCCCUCUCCGGAUACCAUGAAGUCUUCUCCUCUAGGAGGCCGGCCAUUGUCCUGGAAACAACGUCCCAUGUCGCGAGACCAGAGCUCGCCGAGUCCUGUCACUUUAAAGCCGGCCAUACAAGAAGAGGAAGAGAAAGCUGCUGCCGAUACCAGAGCUACGGGUGGCCCUGAGGGAAAGGAGGAGGACGACGCUGCAGUGUCUCGCACACAGAUUGCUCAAUCCCUGGGGUCGAAGGACCCGGCCUUUUUUAAGCAGACUAGUGACAGAGGAGAAGGCUCGCGUGCGUAUAGAAGAGCUCAUAAUUCUUCCUUUUCCGAAGCUUCUACAAGUCGAUCGAAUGUGAAAUUGCCGGGACUCAGCCGGGAAGCCGUCAGUGAUCUCGGUACGCGUCCGGCCUCUGAGCUGGGUGAAGAGAGACCGCGCUCACCAUCGAGGACAAGCUCUGUAUAUGGCGGCAGUAGCAUUGGGAACAGAUACUCGAGCGUGUCUUCUGCGACGACAGCAGGACUGGGCUCUCCAGUGCCGUUGACUAGCCCUCGGAGGCACGAACGUGCAUCAUCGAUAUAUGAAGAACAGCAGACAGGUGACCACUUAACAAUGUCACCUACGCAGGGACGUUUGGCCUCCGAUAGACCUUCAUCACCAACCAAGGGCCUCGGUGGGUUCGUCCAGAGUGCCAUGCUUAAACGCUCAGACAGUGUAUCUAAGCGCUGGAGUGCCCAACUCCCUACGAAUUCCGUACGUGGAGGCGGUGCCAGGGCCCUUCCGUCACCCGCAAUGUCUCCUGAUGGCUUUUCAGGCAUGCCUUCGCGGCCUGGUUCACGGCCUGACUCUCGACCCGGAUCUAGCCAUAGUGAUGCAACAGUUGUUCGCGGGGAAGGAGAUGAUGCAUCAGUGAUAAGUAGGUCGACGGAUGCCUAUGCAAGACCUCCAUCUCGGCGGAGGGAAUCGGUGAGCACAGCUAGUGGACGAGAUUCGGGCCUCCCAGUCAGCCCGACUAAGACUAUGGAUCCAAGAAGAUGGAGCCCAACAAAAGCAUCCUGGUUAGAGAGUGCACUCAGCAAGCCGGACUCCCCCAAACCAAAGCCUCGUGUACCGGAGGAGCCGGAAUGGAAGAAGGACCUAACAGACAGGCUGAGAAAGGCUAAGGAACUGAAUCAGCCAGAGAAAACAGCUACUCCUGAGCCCGAAAAGGCUGUACCACCCGCAACUAAACAACCGGACCCUUCCAGCUCACCGGAAAAAUCUCAGAGUCCAAUAUUGAAGGAGUCUUCCUCUGAUCUGAAAAUAGAUCCGCCUCAGGAUGCCAUAGAAUCUUCAAAUCCAAGCCCAUCUGAAGUCCUACCUCCCAAAGAUUCCACCAAGUCACCUCCAAUCCCAGCAAAAAGUGAAUUCCUGAAGUCGGAAACAAAGGGAUCAGUCUCAUCUCCAGCCCAAGAUACCCCCUCCAAACCAGCUGCACCUAGUGUAAAGUCCUCCCAAAUUGAUUUCCGCGCCAACUUGCGCCGUCGUGAAACGGUCGGCGAUAGCGUUAAAAAGGACGAGCCAGAAUUCAAGGCAGUCUUUGGUAAAUUACGGCGCGCCGAAACUAAGAAUUAUGUUGCCCCUGACGAGCUCAAAGGCAAUAUACUUCGCGGUAAAGCCGGACUGACUGUGACCGGCGGCCCCAAGAAAACCGAGCGAGUAGACGAGUUCAAAGAGAGCCUCUUGAAGCGCAAGGAGGCAAUGAAAGCUGCCGGUGGAUCAAUUCGCCCGGAUCACACUGGGCCUUCCAAUAAUCCACCACCGCAAGACUCUACCCCAGAAGCCAUUCUCGUGAGACAGAAUCUUGGUAGGUCGAAUAGUAUAAGGAACACAGUUGGAUCAAAAAACGCACCUGCCAAACCAUUGUCAAAGCCGGCAGCCCUUCGUUCAUCUUCUUCUGAAGAGAUCCCCAAGGAAAAAGAAAGUCAGCCGCCUCAGGCCGUAGAAUCGCCGCCGACGAAAUCACCUGUCCCAUCACCACCUGCAGAAACAGAACCCCUUACCACCAGCCUUGUUGGCUCGAAUGCAACCAUGACAGCAGCUCCUCCUAGCCACGACACUUCGUCUCCCGCAGCCAAAGGCAAGCUUGGUAAUCGAAUGAACCCCAUGUUAGCAAAUCUCAUUGCUCGGGGACCUCCAGCUCCCUCAAAGGCCGCCCCUUCAGCGUCCGUGUCAACAAAAUCAACCGCUGAGCCAUCUACUCCGGAAGCACUAACACACAUGACUAAAUCUCGUGCCAGAGGGCCCAAGAGACGUUUACCUAAAGGUACUGCAAAGGAGUCGGCUCCUGGAGCUACCAAACCCGAUGACACUGCUCCAGAAAAGCUACCUGAAGCCAGGCCGGCUACCAGUCGUUUACCAUCCACAGAAAAGGAACCUGUUACCGCGCCAAAACAUUUGAACUCGGAAUUGAAGAAUAAAUUUCUAACAUCAAAUAGCGAAGAGAAGAAAUCUGAGGUUCCUCUCCACUCAUCCCUUCCUUCUACUCCCUCAGGGGAGCGCCAAUUGCCUAAAGCAGACCUCGCAGCACCCAGUCGAUCAAAGAGCAGCCCUGCUGAGAAUAAGGACAGGCCCAGCCCUCCACCCAAAUCCGCAACCCUUUCUACUUCUCCACUCAGUCUUAAAAAGCAGACCCUGGUAGAUGACUCUCCCGUACCACAAAAGGCACGACUAGAUUCUCCGCUAGAGAAGAGGCCAGUUCAAUCUGAGGCGAAGGCUGGGCUAACAGAUUUCACUACUUUAGCUCCGCCACGCCUGGGAAAGCCCUCGUUCUUAUCGGGUUUGAAUGCUAAUCGACCAAGAGAGCAAUCUCGCUCGCCGUCGCCGACUAAGACCCCAGCAUUUGCCCAAAGUUCCGAAGUAUCUCAAAUGUUUUCGAACUUCUUCCUCAACCAGCCUACCGCUGAAGAUAAAGUAGAGAUUGAUCCGGCAUCAGUUAUGAUGGGUAAACCCGAGUCAUAUCCCAAGACCACAACCCUUACCAAGCAUGUAUGGGAGUUGACUGGUGAUGGAAAGAGAAAAGAUUUGCCUGGCAACCAAGAGUAUAUUUUGUUCGAUGAGAGCAUGUACCUUUGCGUUCACACGUUCGAGAAAUCUUCUGGUGGCAGAGCAACAGAGGUACACCUAUGGUGUGGUGACGGAGUUGGAGAAGCAACCGCUGAAGAUGCGCAGCUCUUUGCUCGAAAGGUCGCAAGAGAGCACAACUGCAAACUUGAGCUCUUGAAGCAAGGUAAGGAAACACCAAACUUCAUCCAAGCCCUCGGUGGUAUCAUGAUCACGCGACGAGGACCAAGUAGUCGAUCCGGCUCGUCAGCUCAAUACAUGCUCUGCGGGAGACGACACAUGGGCCAAAUAGCAUUUGACGAAGUCGAUCUGUCCAUCAGCAACCUCUGUUCAGGAUUCACCUACAUAAUAUCCGGCAAGAACAAUAGACUAUUCCUAUGGCAAGGACGCGGAAGCACAGCCGACGAAAUCGGUUGUGCCCGUUUGAUUGGCAUGGACAUCGGGCCAACAGGUGAGAUCGAAGAGGUCGCCGAAGGCGAGGAACCGAGCAGCUUCUUCGAAUCCUUCCCCGGCCAGGAAAAAGCGGUGCCACCGUCAGCAGACUACUGGCAGCUCAAACCGAAGCACGAUAAAUACUCAUGUCGACUGUACCGUAUCGACCAUGAGCUUGGCCAGUGGUUUGGAGCGAGCUUUUUCAACCGACGUGGAGCCUCAUCGCCAGUGUCUCGACCGAAUGACACAGUGCAGGAGAUCGAACCAUUCUGCCAACGUGAUCUUGACCCAGCGCAUAUUUACGUUCUUGAUGCGUUUUUUGAAAUCUAUGUUAUUGUUGGUGAUCGAUCAAACGCACGUUCGGCAGAGUUUGCUUCCGCUCUCGUAUUUGCCCAGGAAUAUGGAAUCCUCGCUGUGUCUGAGCAAGAUCGCCCAUUCCUACCAAAGAGCCAUGUUGUUCUCGAAGGCCUACCGACCGAGUGCAAACGAGCGUUCAGAAACUGGAACGGCAGACACUCCCUGGGCACGCUAAACAAGACUCCUAUCAUCAUUCCACUGGCCGUGGCUAUCGAUGCAAUCCGAUGA